UCACCACCCCAUCGCCGUGUCCACCGCCGAUCCCCCACCCCCCUGCCAGCCACCUCUAUGGCCGCCGGCGGAGGCGGAGGCGGAGGCGGAGGAGGGGACAUCGGCGCCGACUCGGAGCGGCGCCUCAAGAAGGCCAUGGACAAGCUCUACCACUUCCCCAAGCCCAAGCCCAACGGCCCCGGCGGCUCCAAGCCUUCCUCCUCCUCGGCCCCGGCUCCAAGCUCCGGGAGGCCGGUGGGGAAGGCAGCGGCGGAGGCGGGGAGGAGGUUCGGGGUGGUGCGCGGGUCGCGGCUCCCUCCGCAGGUGGCAGCCAUGUCGGCGAUCUCGCCGCCGCCGCCGUGCCGUCCCUGGGACCGCGCCGAUCUCAUGCGCCGGCUCGGGUCGUUCAAGGCGAUGACCUGGUUCGCCAAGCCCAAGGUUAUUAGUCCUGUUAACUGUGCAAGGAGAGGAUGGACUAACAUUGAGCCAGAUGUUAUAACAUGUGAAGCUUGUGGCGCGCGGCUCCUGUUCUCCACUCCUUCCUCAUGGACAACACAGCAAGUUGAAAAGGCUGCUGCUGUUUUCAGCCUGAAGCUGGACACUGGGCAUAAACUUCUAUGCCCAUGGAUUGAUAAUAUAUGUGAUGAAUCACUUGCCUUAUUCCCGCCGACGCCUCCUCCUGUUUUAGUUGAGAACUACUAUGAGUGUUUCUCCUCUCUGUUGCGACUUUUAGCACUUCCAAGAAUUUCAUGCUCUUCUCUGGAGAUCAUGAAAAAGAGGAGUCCACAGCUAGAGCAGUUCCUAUCAGAACCAUUCUCUUCAUCAGUAGUCCUCAAAGGGCGAUUUGUGCUUACUGAAGACUCUACAAUUAAGGAUUUGGAUGAUGCUUUUCAAGAUUCUGACGCAUAUUAUCAGCAGGCACUGAAGAUAAUAAGUUUGUGUGGAUGGGAGCCCCGCCUACUUCCUUAUGCUAUUGACUGUGGAACUGAAUCUCAUUCGGAUGUCAGCUCCACCCCUAAAUUGGCCAAACCACAGCAAAUAAAUAAGACAAUGGAGGAUCGGGUCAUACUUUACUCACCUAAUGAUGCUAAUGGUGCCCGAGCAUCUGCAGAUUCUAAUCGAGAAGAUCAGCAUUAUGAUCCAUUGUCAGUUGUUUUGGAUUGCCAAUUUUGUGGAGCAUGUGUUGCCUUGUGGCCUUUUUCUCUUGUAGAACGACCUCUUCAACUCUUUAAGCUGAUUUCGGAUUCUAAUAGACAAGAUGAUCAGGAUAAUGGACAUGCCAAUGUAGUCAGUGGAGUAGGACAUUCAAAGGAUGCAAACAUUGGCUUUAAUUUCACCAUUGCUGGUGGUCCUCCACCAACUCGACAAAGUUUCCGACCAAAAGUUUCGUUUCCUGUUGUUAGUCGACAUUUGAAAGCCGACUUGAACUCCCGUGGGAAUUUGCUUUCCUCUGGAAGUGAUAGCCACAUGGUUCCUGUUGCUUCGAAUGCUUCAGGUUCCAUGAAACGGAAAAGAAGCACGGAUCAGCCUGAUUUGUUGGAAGGUGAUACCGAUGAUGUCGAUACAUCCAGCAUAGGUGCAAAGCCACACCAGCCUGGAGAUAAUUCUGAAAAGAGCAUACCAAACUCGGAAGCAAGGCAAGAACAAGAACAAGGUGGUUCGCAUUCAGAUAAAGAUAAGGAUAUCAAUAUAGAUGGAGCUUCCAGUGAAGAACAACCAGAAUCAGGUUCUCCUUCAAGAAAAAGUAUAACAAGCACAGAUGCGGCACUUGAUCAACAUGGAUCUGAACCUAGAUUUUCAUCAGCUCAGGGUACGAAUGAAGAACCUUCUAAUGGAGCAACCCUGGCCGAGACACAUGCAAACAAUUCCAGGCCAACUGAGCUCAGCACAGUAACGAAAUCAUUAGUCAACAAGGAAAAAGCUGCAUAUGGGCCAUCAGAAAAACAAGGGUUGUAUGACAGAAUGAAUGAGUUUGAUCCUAUCAAGCAGCACCGGACAUUCUGCCCUUGGGUUUCCCCUGAUGACAGUGAAUCCUUGCCUGGAUGGAGGCUGACUCUCACAGCAUUACUUGCUCAGGACAGAAGAUCUGAUGGGGACUCACGAGGGGAGGUUCAGAUCGGCCUUCUCGAUGAGGAUGACGACCCUCUUACAUCUGUUAGAAAGCUUUUCAUGACACCACCUCCGAAAAGGCGGAGGAUACAGCAAUCAGAGAAGAGCUGAGAACUGCAUCCACUUGUUUGAAAAGUUGGGGGUCAAACUCAAACAGUUAAUCAUACAAAGGCACAAAAGCAGAAAGCCAUAUUAAUUGAAAGUUGGAAAAUUUUACGGAGAUAUUUGUGUGACAUACAGAUGCUUCCAGGCGGAUGCAGGGAAAGGAUUAGUGACUUGACCAACUGUUCCAGAGCGAUGCUGCCAUCAUAGAAACCAUUGAGCUUCCACAUCUCGUUGUGGUAGUUAGAAAAUGUAGGAGUUGCUUACCUCUAUCCCGUUUAAAACCACCUUCGCUGGCAUACACACCGUGAUUUUGUAGCUUAGUAAUGUUGUUGUAUUGCAUUCGUUAUUAUAUUGCUGUACAAGCGCCUGUAAACUGUUAAACCCUGGAAGAAUUUUGAUAUGUAAAACUAUUUUGACGCCUUGCUGAUUCA